AUGAGCAACACUAUCUACGCAACUGGUUUUGCGAAACACAUCAAAGCUGCGGAUUUGGCGCCAUACUUUGAGCCAUUUGGGGAGCUCGAAAAAAUUGUCAUUCCUCCGCCAAAGACCCCUGAUGGACCACCAUUUGCGUUUGUCGAAUACAAAUCCAUUCGUGAUUGCGAAGCAGCAAUGGAUGAAAUGUCCAAGAAUCCGGUGAUUUUAUCAGAAGAGGACCGUUAUAGCUUGGGUCCUUUGAGUCGUAGAGUUGUCGAUACUUAUGUUGCCAACAAAGCAGAAGGUGAAGGUGAAGGUGAAGGAGAAGACGAAGGUGAACCAAGCCAUCCACAAGGUCCUACAGAAGGCGCAUUGAUUGUUCAAAUUGCAAGAUCAACUCCUCAUCCACCUAGAUCCCAGCAAAGAGGGUAUGGGUACGCAGGAUACCGUCGUGGACCACCAGGUCGUUACGAUCGUGACAGAGGCUACGACAGAGGAUAUGACAGAGGCUACGGAGGUAGAGGAGGGUAUGAUUAUCCACCACCAAGAAGAGACUAUCACGAUUAUCCUCCACCACCACCAAGAAGAGGUGGCGGUUAUGGAUACCGUGAUAGAGAAGGUGGAUACCGCGAAAGAGACGGUGGUAGAGGAAGAGGUGGUUACAGAGGUGGCGAAGGUAGCUAUGGUGACAACAGAGGGAUGAGAGAUAGAGAAAUGAGGGAUGACAGAGAUAGAAGUCCUCCAAGAGAUUGA